GUGAAGUUUCUGGACCAGCAGAGCUGAGGGAACGCAAAUUUGGACUGAAGCGACUCUCCUGAGGUCAACCCCAUGGCUAUUCCAUGUGAUUCAAAUGAAACUUCCUAUUUGCUACCUCCAAACAGUGAGGACUGGGAAGGGCAUGGCAUUCCUGACUUUGUGUAUCGGCAGGAGGAGCUCAGGCUGGAAGGGAUUCAGUGGCCGGGGAAAGCACCCAGCCUCCCGGGCACGCCACCGCUGUCCCGCUUCGACUCUGCACUCUGCUCUGCCUGGAGGCAGCGGAUGGAGCUGGGCUUGUUCCGCUACCACCUGGGGGAGCUGCAGACCAAAACCCUCCCGGGUGCUGUGGGGUUUGUGGCUCAGCUGAACGUGGAGCGAGGUGUGCAGAGGAGGCGCCCCCAGAACAUCAGGAGCGUGAGGCAGGCGUUCGACCCUGAACAGUUUAACUUCAGCAAGAUCCAGCCAGGAGAAGUCCUCUUCCGAUUGCACCGGGAGCCCCAUCUCCCUGGUGCCCUCCAGCAGGAGGACAUCCUCGUGGUGAUCAACGUCAGCCCUUUGGAGUGGGGCCACGUGCUGCUGGUGCCCGAGCCCGCUUGCGGGCUCCCCCAGCGCCUGCUGCCAGGGGCACUGCAGGCCGGGGUUGAGGCUGUGCUGCUGAGCUCACACCCGGGCUUCCGUGUCGGCUUCAACAGCCUGGGGGGCUUGGCCUCGGUGAACCACCUCCACCUGCAUGGCUACUACCUGGCCCACAGACUGCCCGUGGAGGGGGCACCCAGCGAGCCCCUGGACCCUGGGGGUCAUUUGCAUCUGCUCCAGGCUCUUCCAGCUCCUGGCUUCCUCUUUUACACUAGCGGGCCAGGGCCUGAAUUGGAAGCCUUGAUAAGCAGGGUAUGUCGGGCUACUGACUACCUGACUGACCAUGAGAUUGCACAUAACUUGUUUGUGACUCGGGGGGCCCUACCAGGAAACACAUCACCUUCCUCAGCCCUCACGGGGGUCCGAGUAAUUCUGUGGGCCCGGAAGUCCAGCUUUGGGAUAAAGGAAGGUGAGGCAUUCAAUGUUGCCCUCUGUGAACUAGCUGGGCACCUCCCUGUCAAAACAUCCCAAGACUUCAGCAGCCUGACAGAGGCAGCCGCUCUGGCCCUCAUCCAGGACUGUCUGCUGCCCCCAGCCCAGGCAGAAGAGGUGCAGGCAGCACUGGUGGCCUUGACAGCCCAGGAGGAGCAGUAAUCCUUCCAGAAGUAUUUAUUUUCUAACUGAUCUAAGUCCCUUUCCAGAGAGCUGUGUGUAAUGGUCAUUUUCAUAACUGCCUUCUCAUCUAUCUCAGCCUAAGGGGAAGGAUAAAGAUCUGAUAAGCGGUCUCUUAAAGAGGAGAAACCUUGGAAUAAAUCGAAUGAAUGAGCACUCA